AUGAUGUCCAACGUCCCCGUCGGGCGCCACAACGCUUUAAUUUUGCUGCUGAAGGUUAGAAAAGAGAUAUUCAAGCCCAUGGUACGCACUACCAGUGAACGCCUCCAUUGGAUACACAGUUUUUCUCUAAAGGCGUUAGAGAUCUUCAGUUCCGGUUCUCCGUUGAAGGUCCCCGGCAACAAAUCGUGUUCUCCAACCGCCAUCCACGAACUCUUCGCUUUGCUGGUUUCUUGGACUUGUCCUGUAACAAUUUUCGCAUACGAAACCGGCGGCACGGCUACACUGGGAGGCACGGAGACUCCUUCGGGUAACAGUGGCGGGGAGGAAUCUAUCAUCAUGGACGUCUCCCCCAAUCGACGGCUAGGAGACACGGCAUCAGUCCCAUCUCCUUCCUCCAGAUUGGUUUGCUGCACGUCCGGCGGCCUUCCCAAAGGGUUGGGAUCGGCCACCGGCAAGACGGGAUGCGAGAGCAUAUUCAGAGCAAUUGAUUAUAUGAUAGAUUAG